AUGGCGGCCGCGUCGUCGUCUUCGUCUCCUCCUGAGGAGGGGAACUCAGUCGCCUCACAGCAGAAGAAGAAGCGCAAAGUGGUCGCCUCGGGCGAGACGUUGACGUCGCUCCGCGGCUUCAAACUCGUCCGGGUCCUAAACGACAACCCGAGGCAGAAGGUCGUCUUCCUGCACGCAAAGUGGAGCGGGGAGGCGAAGGGUGACGAUGGUGACGAUGGUGGUGGCGAUGGUGAUGAUGGUGAGAGGGGUGAGGAGGAGGAGGAGGCUCGUGAUGCCGUCGUGAUCCUGGAGAAGACUCCGUUCCGCGAGUCCCAGCUGCCCGCCCUGCUGAGUGGUGACACGGAGCUGCAGGGAGACCUCCACAACGACAUCUACGGCACCUACACGGCACGGCCACCGCCAGCGAGCAGCGAGAUGAAGGCCACCGUGAUCUGCCCGGCCACCCCUUUGCACCUCCUCAAGUACGAGCGCCGGGAGGCGUUCCUCAUCGAGGAGACCGACUCGGACUACCGCUCCACCACGCUGCCCUUCCUGCAGACCAGCAACUUCAGCCUGCAGUGGGUGUAUAACAUCCUGGAUAAGAAGGCAGAGGUGGAGCGGGUCGUGUUUGAAGACCCCGACCCCGAGACGGGCUUCGUGCUGCUGCCCGACCUCAAGUGGGACCAGAAGCAGACGAAUGAGCUCUACCUCAUCGCCAUCUGCCACAAGCGAGGGCUCAAGUCUCUGCGCGACCUCACUGGGGAGCACCUGCCCCUGCUGCAGAACAUCCUCACCAAGACGCAGGCUGCUGUGCUGGAUCGCUACGGCCUGGCCGCGUGCCGCCUGCGCUGCUACCUGCACUACCAGCCCUCCUACUACCACCUGCACGUGCACGUGACGCACGUGGGGGCGGAGGCCCCGGGCGGGGCGGUGGAGCGGGCCCACCUGCUGGGCGACGUGCUGCGGGCGCUGGCCGCUGACCCCCAGCACUACGCGCGGCGCACACUCACCUACGCCCUGCGCCAGGGCGAUGGCCUCCUGCAGGCGUUCCAGCAAGCUGGGAGAAUACCACAGUGAGGGGGACACUGGGUGUAGAGAUUGAGAGGGUGACACUGGCUACUGCAGGCCAGAGGUCGCAAACAGGUUUUGAUUCCACAAUUGGUUUUUUACCCUUCUAUCUGGCAACAAAAGGUGUCAGUUUUGUUGCCUGGUACAGGUUUCCGGUACCCGAUUGCGACUUCUGGGAUGAAGCCAUGUUGCAGGCGUGGGUGGGUUGAUUCUAGGAACUUGAAUUGUGAGAAGAUAAGACUUUGGGAAAGGAGUGACAGUUACUCACCAAUGAUUCACGGUCUACCCGUACCCGGCCGCACCAGGGUACCGGGUACCCGGUUGCAACCUCUGCUGCAGGCCUUGCAGUGAGAAUACUGUCGUGAGAAUGGGGACAAGGGGGGGGGGGGGGGUGGCGGUACUGGCUUUGGCAGGCCUUAGAGCCAGGAGAAAGCUGUCGAGGGGACUAGGAGAGCCUCCUGUGUUUUAAACAGACAUGGAGGUAAGACUGGUAUAAUGGUGGAGGGGCAUGUUUUGCUGAAUAAAAUUGUGGGUUUUC